AUGGCUCCAUACGCAAUCUCAAUCGACAACCGCUCCGACAUCAAGCGGUCUUACGCCCUAUUCGCUGAACCGCCAACCAUCAAGCACAACGGCGGCUCGGCCAUCAAAGUGGUCACUCGCAUCAUCAGCAGCGCCUGGGGGGUGGCAUCCCCGCAUGGCCAGGCCAACUUCACGCUGUCCAAAAAGUUAUGCGGGUUCUACGAUGUCGAAGUCGACCCGUCACCUGACGACCAGAACCGAAAGCGCGUCGGGAGUGGCGUUGAGGUCAUCGACCAGCGACUUGUCACACUCGGGUCGACAGACAAACAUGGCAAUAUCGUACCCGGGACCACGCUCAUGAUAGACAGCUCAAGCGGCACGCCGGCGUUUACCGAGAACAACCCCGCACCGUCCGGUGCUGUUGGGUGCUUCUGCAUUCAGACCCGGGGCGACUUUUCGGUCAAGGAGGCGAAGCUGAACCAAUUCGUUGUCGGCUUCUGCUCGUCCACACGCCAGAGCAUCGGCCCUUAUGCCACCUUCGUCCCGCAGCCCAGCGAGGAGUAUCAGAUCGCGCCAUCCAAGGGCUUUUACGUGGUCGUGGGGAACUUCAACCCCUACGACCUCGCCGACAUGAGGCUCAAGGACAGCAUGUCCGCCUGCUAUGUGGAUUUUGCCUCCCUCGGGACGGACUCUGUCACACUAGUCCACCACAGCAACGGGACGCUCGUCAGGCAGGUGGUCACAGAUGGGGAGAUGAGGCCGGUGCCAGUCCCAUCACCCAAUCCCCCAGUCUUUGCACGAGCUUUUGCAAGAGAGGAAUUCAGGGUCGGAACUGCAACAGUCACGGCUAGGUCGAGUCAGGACGAUGGGAGUUCGAAUUCGAUAUCAGGGAGCUCUGCUGGCACCUCGACACCGACUUGGUCCGUCUUGAGCUGAUCGUCUUUCACAUGUUACUGAACUUCAAUUAAUAUUACAAGCCUCUGACAAGGCAAUACUCGUACACCUUUCCCCACAACACCAUCUCACCCGCACAAAUCAAACAGAGCCACGCUGGGAUCAUGGUCCGACACCAUCUCGGCGUACGACCCCCAAGUGUUGACGUGAAUGUGCUCAAAGUCGCUCUUGCUGCUGGCCGCAAGCGAAGGGCUGACGUACAUGUGGUCGAGCGCCUGGGCGUUCAUGUCAAAGGCGUAGGUGUACCGCUCGGUGGGCUUGAUGCCGGCCACCUCGUCCAGGUCCUUCAUCUUGCUGAUCUCAGCAAAAGUCUUCAUGGGCCGGACAAAGGAGAACUCGUUGAAGUCGCCG